CUUCUACAUCCUCUACGGAAAUCUGCUGUAACAUGAUUUCUGGGCCGCAGAGCUCCUGCAUGGAUGCAUUGCUGGACUCUACCGGAUCUAAACAUCCAUACAUCGAUAUAGAUCAGCAUUGGUACCGAUUCUGCACUGCGCAUCAACGCGCGUCGCGGUUGGCCAAAUUUUCAGCAUAGUAGCUUCACUGAUACCACGGAAAUGCACAGUCUUCGCCGUCCCGGUCGCUACCGGUCGAGUUAUGGUGCCUCAUAUUCUCCAUGUGCGCUACACACAAGCCUGACAGCGCGCUCCGAUUGUAAGGUGUAUGCCGGCUGUGUCAGGACGUAGUCUGCGGCUACACGCGGUUGUGGGACACGCUCAAUUUGACGUCUCAUCCAGAGGCGAGCCGUUUCAAGGGGGGGCGCGCCUGCGAAAUGAUUCGAGCGCUGGCUCCAGAUGGUAUGCAACCCCUCGAGAUAAACCAUCAGUGGAUGGAUGUUCUGGCGCUCCUGGAAUCCAUCCGAACCCCAUCGAUCCCAUCUACCUGGACCUGUUGUGGGAGUCCUUCGUCUUGCUCUUUCUCGAGGAAUCGGAGUCCCCCCGUCUGCGCAUGCUCGUUCUCAACUUUCCCGACGAGUGCCGUAUCAUCGCAUCCCCCCGCUGGUUUGGACAACGACGCGCGUCGAGCAUCUGCGCAGGAUUGAGAUGAACGCAUUUGACAGCUGGCCAUGAUCGUGUCUCUCGGCCCGGUGCUCGAGGCCCUGAAGGUCGGACCCCUCCUCCAGCGCUCGGAGUUUCACACAGAAUUCGAGGACUCGCCAGUCGAUAUGCCCUCGCUGCGCCAUAUCUCAACAACCUGGACCUCCUCAUUCAAUGAUUCGCUCCUUCUUCCUUGUCACGCUGAUGAUGGGCAGAAAGUUCUAAAAAUUCGCUUCUGUAGAAGUUGCUCCAAAUCAAACGUUGUGGAUCAUCCAGUACGAGCUCGUGGAUACAGGCGGCCCUUACGAGUGGUUGAGGGCCAACACUGGAUUAUCAUGGAUUGGUCUUGUCGCAUAAGUAGUGCUGCGACUGGCUGACGAGGAAGAUGGAGUCUGACAUAGGCGAGAUAGAAAGUAGCAGUAAUACACGACCGAUAACAU